AUGACUGAUGUAUUAGAAUAUAAUGAUAUAUCAGCGGAAAUAAAAGGAGCAAUGACUCCUGGAAGAUUAAAGCUAACUGAUCAAUUUGUGAUAUUUAAAAAUUAUAAAACUGGAAAAGUUGAACAAAUAGAAAAAAGUGAUAUUGAAACUGUUCAUUGGUUAAAAUUUGUUGGAACUUUUGGAAUUAGAUUUUUUUUAAAAAAUGGAACUUUACACAGGUUUAAAGGAUUUAAAGAAGCUGAGCAAAACAAGUUGGCCAAUUUUUUUCUUUCAAAGUAUAAAAAGGAAAUGAAUGAAAAAGAACUAUCUCUUAAAGGAUGGAAUUGGGGAACGGCUAAAUUUUCUGGUUCCCUAUUAAAUUUUGAAGUUUCAAAUCACACAGCAUUUGAAAUACCAUUAAAUUAUGUUUCACAGUGUACCACAGGUAAAAAUGAAGUAACAAUUGAAUUUCAUCAAAAUGAUGAUGCACCUGUAAACUUAAUGGAAAUGAGGUUUCAUAUACCUUCUUCAGAAAGUCAAGGAGAAGAUCCAGUUGAUGCUUUUCAUCAAAACGUUAUGAGUAAGGCAAGUGUGAUUAAUGUUUCUGGUGAUGCAUUGGCUAUAUUUAGGGAGAUUCAGUGUUUAACUCCAAGAGGAAGAUAUGAUAUUAAAGUAUUCAGUUCAUUUUUUCAACUUCAUGGUAAAACAUUUGAUUACAAAAUUCCAGCUUCUACGGUUUUGAGAUUAUUUUUACUGCCUCAUCAUGAUAAGCGGCAGAUAUUUUUUGUUGUUAGUUUAGACCCACCCAUUAAACAGGGACAAACUAGGUAUCACUUUUUAGUCUGCUUAUUUCCCCAAGGAGAAGAUGAAAUUUCUAUCGAAUUACCUUAUUCUGAGGAAGAAGUUAAACAAAAGUUUGAUGGUAAAAUAGAAAAAGAAAUGAAAGGGCAAACUUAUGAAGUAUUAGCUACACUGAUGAAAAGUAUAGUUGGUCGAAAGUUAACAUACCCUAGUUUUACUGGAAAAUCUGAUACGCCAGCGAUAGCUUGUUCAUAUAAAGCGGCUGCUGGAUAUCUAUAUCCGAUGGACAGAGGUUUUAUUUAUGUCCACAAACCACCAUUUUAUAUAAGAUUCGAAGAAGUUGCCAGUGUUAAUUUUGCUAGAAGUGGAGGAAGUACAAGAUCAUUUGAUUUUGAAGUUGAACUUAAAAAUGGAGUUGUUCAUACAUUUAGCAGCAUAGAAAAGGAUGAAUAUGAAAAAAUGUAUGACUUUAUCGUUUUGAAGAAAUUAAUUGUUAAAAAUAGAGGAAAGGCUGAUAAACCCAAUUACAAUGAUGAUUUUGUCGAUUCUGAUCAAGAAAAUGAUGCUUACCUGGUGCGGGUUAAACGAGAAGCAGAAGAAAGAGACGAAAAUGGCGAUGGUGCAUCUAAUGACGAAGAAUCUACGGAUGAAGAUUUCAAUCCAAAUCAAGAAGAAAGUGAUGUUGCCGAAGAAUACGAUAGUAAUGCGCCAACAACAGAAUCAGAUGAAGAAGGAGGUUCGGACGCAUCGGGUAAAGAAAAAAAAGAAAAAAAACAUAAGAAAGCAAAAACAAUUUCGGAAAAACCAAGGAAAAAGAAAAAAGAAAAGAAAAUUAAAAAUUCAAAUGCUCCAAAACGUCCCCCGAGUGCUUAUUUCAUUUGGAUGAAUGAAAAUCGUGACAAACUUAAAGAAGAAUAUCCUAAUCUUCAAAUGACUGAAUUAGCAAAAAAAGCUGGAGAAGUAUGGCGAGAACUCAAAGAUAAAACUAAAUGGAAUGAAAAAGCGAAAAAAGCCAAAGCAGAAUACGAAGUAGCUUUAAAAAAAUUUAAAGAAUCUGGUGGUGGCGUUGAAGAAGAAAAGGAAGUAAAAGAAGUAAAAGAAGGAAAAGAAGGAAAAGAAGGAAAAGAAGGAAAAGUAGUCAAAAAAUCUGUCAAACCUCCACCAUCAAAUUCCAACAAAUCUUUCUCAGGAAGCGGUUUCAAAAGUAAAGAGUACCUAAGUGAUAGUGAUAGCGAUAGUAGCAACGGUGAAGCAUCUAAGAAAAAGGUUUCAAAAGAAGAAUCUGAAGGAGACAAAAGUAAAAAAUCAAGUGAAAAAACUAAAAAUGAUAAGGAUAAAUCAAGUGAAAAAUCAAAAAAACGAAAAGCUUCAGAUAAUGAAUCAUCGAAUAAAAAAAAGAAAACAGAAUCUGAAAGUCAAAAAUCAAAUGAAAAAGACCAAUCUGAUGAAGAUGAAAAUUUUCCGGAAGAACCUGAAGAAAGCACUCCACCAACAACGGAAGAAUCAGAAGAAUCAGGAAGUGAUUAG